AUGGACUAUCCGAAACUUAUUGGCCAACAUACCACGCCGCCGGAGUUGCCAAUUUACGGUGAUCCCUACACGGAAAUUGCACUGAAUCUAGUCUUCACAAAGGGGAAUCCGACAUUCCUGUUGGACGGCAAAAAAUUGCAGCUGCUGCAGCCGCUCGAUCGCGAUGAGGAGAAUCUGAGUCACAUUGUCUUUCAGGUUUCCUGUUCGAUUCGCAAGCAACCAACAAGCGACGCAGCAUUCCGAUUAUUGUGCGCGUAUCUGAUGUCAACGACAAUGCGUCGCGCUUCAGGAACACACCCUAUGAGGUCACCGUGCCGGCGAUUACUGUCGCCAAAACGCUGGAUUACGAGAAGGUGCAACGUUAUUAUCUAACAAUCGUCGCAGCGCGGAAACCCUAAGCAACGCAAAUGGCCUUUUUAUGAGGCUGAUGCCGGUCAGCAAUGGAUGACCUGGUUGUAGUAGAUGGUCCUACCAGCGCCAGCGCUACCCCAAAGCAUACUAUUCACAUAACUCAACCAUUCAACGCAUCAUCAACGGCCCCGGAGUCUCUUGAUUAUUAUACAUUGGUGUUAUUAGGCAUUCUUCUAUAGCCAACGAGCUUGUCGAUUGCUCCUACCAGUGGUAGUACACUCAAUUGCGUCAUUUCAAAGAUCCCGAGGUAAGUAUCUUUUAGGAGUUUCACUGCUAUGGCUUAGCAUUUUUAUUUACUACAAUCUGUCGAUAUUACAUUUCAAUCAAAUUUAAUA